UUAAGUCAUCUUUAUAAGUCCAGCAACAUGUAUUGGCUCAAGGGAGCUUUCAAAGUUUACCUCAGCUCAUAAUUUUCUUGAAGCCAGGCCCAGGAGUCGUUCUUGACUGUAGAGGGAAACCGCUUGUAAACAAAGAGUUUUGUCAAUGCUAAUUUAGAAAGGUGUGGAAUGGAUGGCAGAAAUGUGGGUGGAUCCAACUCUGGUGGUUCUGGAAGGCCAAAAUUAGUCAGAUCCGGAAUCUCUUUUCAGAGGGAGAACACACCUGUAUUAAAAACUGGAUCAGCACCAACUGAGCGGGAUGGACAAGCUGGUAAACAGAAUGUUGUGGGGAGCCUGCAGAAAUCACAAGAUUCUGCGCUAACUUUUCUGGGUUCCAAGGCAAGUGCAGUUGACAAUAUCUGUCAGAAUAUUGCAUCUUCCUCAAGUGUAGUAAGUGCUGAGAGGCCUAAAGUUCUUCCUGCAACCAUGUCUGAGGGGCUCUCAUCUUUAGUUUCCUAUUCAUCCUCUUCAACUGAAGCCUCAGGAUCUGAAGACAAUAGUCAGGAUGACCAACUUGGCAAUGUCUCUCCUACAAGUAAAAGUAAAUCUGGAAUUUUAAGUAACAUUUCACCUGAGACUUUGGUGAAGAAGAUCCAAGAUAUAGCCAGCAGUCAAGGUUCACAGGAAAUAAAGCAUGUAGCCUCUACCACAACAAAGGAAGCCAGUGACCAGCCAGUAACAUUGUACAACCCUGAAGAAAGUAAUCUUUCAAAGGGAGUUAUCUCUCAUACUCAAGCAGACUUGGUAAAAGAAACUCAAAUAACUAAUAUUUCUGCUACAUCAAAGUUUGGCCAGCAAACAGCUAUUGCCCCAAGAGCCACCUCAUUUCCUCCUGAAGAGAAAAGAAAAAUUAUUAAAUUAGUUAAGACAGAUCCUAUUGGCAGUUUAAUGAAGGGCACAGUAGAGCAUUCUAAAGAAUCAAAACAUGCAAGUCAGGAGUUGCAUUCACAGAAAGUAGAUGUGAUUAAGCAAGAAAUUCAGGCAGAAAAAAGUAAGAUGUCAAUUUUAUCUACAGAUGAAACAGUUGCGGCAGAUCAAGUAAAAAUUUCUGACCCUGUUGUUGUGGCUUCAGCAAGUCAGACAAGGACUCAGCGUUUCUUAAGACGUCCAAGCUCAGAUGUACACCCGGCUAGCAUACAAAACAAAGAGAAUACGGAAUUAAAAAAGGAAGAGGGACCGAAUAUUUCUUUCGUCGCUGCUGUGGAAAAAGGGCCUGAAGAUCUUCCUGUGCAGUUGAAUUCUAAUUUUGUCACAUCCAGUUCUUUGCAGCAGGAUAAUCCAGUUCUGCCUGAUUUAACCAAAGUGCCAUCUUUGCUGGAAUCAACUGAAAAUUUACAAGAAUGUGCGCAAUCUUCUGUUAUAAAAGAGGCUGACCAAGUGUCCUCAGUAAUAGGAAUGGAACAAGAUACAAUGCCAUUACCCUUAAAACAAGAAUCUCUUGAAAAACAGAAUAUUCCUUUUGAUCCCAUUGAGGAACAAUUGAAGCUUUUAACUGAAGGCCACCCAAUGUCAGAUUUGGAGACUCCAGAUUUAAAAGGAGAUUCUCCCCUGAAUAUUACAGCAAAGGAGUUAGUGGACAGUUUUGACUUGAAGACAGCAUCAGUGGAUGUACAUUUAAAGGAAAUGAAUGUCCAGAGAGAAUUAGGAUCUGCAUCUGUAUCAGCUACUCAGAUACAUUCUCAGACUGCUGUUGUGGUUCAGAAUGAGGGGAAACUAUUUGGAAACCAAUUGCCUGAGAAGCAAGACAGUGUUCAAGCUGUGACUGAAGGAGAAGCACAGAAUUCUUCCAUAACCUUACCUGUUAAGGAAUUUAAAAUGACUACCCAAGGUACUGGGAAUUCAGUAAUUUGUCCAUCAGAUGGGGUAAUUCCAACACAGAACAUGAGUAAUUUGGAUAUUAAAGGAGCUAGUAUUUCCUCUAUGUUACAAGAAGAACAGACAUUUGAGUCUGAUAUUAUAGGUAACAAACGUAUUCACAGCACUCAAGAUCAAGUAGAACCACAGGAAAAGAGAAUGAAAGUUGGUGAAAUGAUUGUAUCUUCAGUAUCAAAUCAGAGUCAGGGAACUAUAGAGUCAACUGUUAUGCUAAAACCUGAAGUAGAAAAGAUGGAAGUAGAUGUGAACAGUGCCCCAGAGGAGGUUCUGCCUACUUUUGAGAAACUUUCAGAAGAUUUAGCAGCUUCAAAGAAAAUUGGCAUGGAGGAAGAUAGUAAAACUAGUGUAGAUGAUUCCAGCAUAGCAAGUUUACCAUUUAAAGACAAAGAGGAAAAGGAAGAGGAAAUGAGUACUCCUUCAUCUAAGAAAAGACGUAAAAAGAAAUCAUAUGAAAGACCAAGAGGAGAAGGGGGCAAAUUCCGUAAGGAGAGGCCAGAUCCCUCUUUACUUGAUGAAGAAACUCGCAUGGAAGGUCUUCAUGACGAAGAUUCACAGGGAUCAUCUUCAAAGAGAGAGGUUCGACGCUUCCGCUGUGAAGUUAUAGUGCCAGAGAGUACUGAGGUGUUUACUGCAGACAAAGUGGUUGAGUAUGUUUGGCCUUUGGAGGGAUGUGGUGAGCACUACUUUAUCCAGGAGCAGAUUUCACAGUAUUUGGGCAUCAUGUCAUUUAAACGCAAGUAUCCAGAUUUACGCCGCCGCCCACUGGAGAUGCAGGAACGAGAUUACUUGAAAGACAAAGGCCUUGUGUCAGAAAUGGCUUGUGAUCUAGGCCUCACUGCUGUAAGAAGCGAAGAUGUGUUGGAUGUUAUGCUGAGUGAUUUUCCUUCAAAAUUUGAAGAAUUACAGCGUCUGCUGCGUGAGCGAAAGGAAAAUGAGAUGAAAGAGCGAGGAAAAGUGAAUUACUCAAUGGCUAAUCUGGAUAAAUCUAAAAUGCAAGAAUAUCUGGUGAAGGCUGCAGAAGAUUCAGCAAGGUGGAAUGUAGCUUUUAAUAGAGAGAAAAGAGAGGAACGAAGGUACAGCUUUGAUCUGCAAACCUUUACCUUGCAGAUGCCAGUUGGUCGUUAUAAAAAACUGCCUCCAGAAUAUACCAAAAUUGGGGCGUAUCCUGUAGCAGUGCUACCUGGGCAAUAUACAGAUUAUUACAGAGAGUAUACAUCAGCAGCUUUGAAGUCAAUGCCUUUGAACACUGUGAUGUCUGCACCCAUGCCAAAUGAUUCCUUAGGUUCAGAUGGUGCAGGUUCAGAUUCAGAGGAUGAUACACCUAUUGUUCCACUACCUGGCCCUGAUGUUACUGAUGGGUCAGAUAUCAAAGAAGAGAAAAUUGAAGGCUUGCCACAUUGUAAAGUCUGCAGUGGCACAAAAAAUAAAAAUAAAGGAGGAAAACCAGAACCAUUAAUUAUUUGCAGUAACUGUCGUUCAGCAAGUCAUCCUACUUGUAUUGAUUUAACGUUAGUUAUGGUCCCCAAAAUAGAAUCUUAUGCCUGGCAGUGUAUGGACUGUAAGUCAUGUGACUGUAGUGAUCCUGAUGAUGAGGACAAGAUGAUUUUCUGCGAUAUGUGUGAUAGAGGGUAUCACAUAUUUUGUGUCGGUUUACGUCGUGUGCCUAAUGGACGCUGGCAUUGCAAAGAGUGUGCAGUCUGUUCUUCAUGUGGUUCAAAGACUCCUGCUGGAAGUGAAAAUGCCAAGAAUGCUGAGUGGCAACAUGAGUUUAAAAAAGAUAAGAACAACAAGCAGUUGAAAUAUGCGACAACUUUGUGUGUUCCUUGUGACAAAUAUUGGAAGCGACGACAGUUCUGCUAUGUCUGCUUGAAAGUCUAUCGAAGCAUUCCCGAAGAUGGGAUGGUGCGAUGCUCAAACUGUCCUAAAUAUAUUCAUCGUGAAGGUUGCUCGACUAUGUAUGAAAAUGAACGGUUUUGUAACAAUUGUUACAAGAUUCGAAACUCCACAGCCCUAAACCACUCUCGCAUCAUUGCUGCAGCAAAGAAGAAAAUGGCAUCAGGUUAUUAGAUAUGUCAGUAUGAAAUUUUUAUAGAACUUUUUGCAUUUAGUGAUUUUUUUUUUACUAUGUGCAAAAGUUCUUACAUGUCAUUUAAAAAUGAAUUGUAUACAGUUCUGUGUGUAGCAUUAAAGUACUCUAAUAGUUAACCAAGAAAAUUUGUUUUAAUACAGCUUUAAAUACAGUUCUAAAGAGAACAACAUUUAGAUAUUAUAGACCAUAAUAGAAUUAUAUUUUUUUAAAUCACUUAUACAAUAUUAAAUUAUGAAGAAUACAAGACAGUAGUUCGUAGCUUGAGAAAUAAAUGUAAUGUAUUACAGUGUCAGACGCACAGAAUUUUACUGUUCUUGGCAUUGUUUGUACAAUUACAUAUUUGUCAAAGUAUUUAAAAAUUAAUUAUGACUUCUCUCGGAAUGAAUUAUUUUGGGGUACAAGUAUGUACUUGUUUGAUGCUGUAUAACUGUUGAUGGUUAACUGGCUUACACACCAUCACUAGAGUAGAUAUAAGACUUUAGGCAAGGGUAAGUGAGUAGUUUAUAAAAUGUUUUAUCAAGCUAUAUUUUUCUUUUUAUUUAUGUAUGUAUAAUGAUAUUGUGAAGUUUAUUUAUUAAUUUUAAAACAUUUAUUUACCACAAAGUGAGUAAUUAAUUUUUAGUUAAACAUUCAUGAUUUUAAAGUAUACUCUCAUUCCAUUUGGAAGUUAACUGUCGUAUUAUUAAAAUGAACUAUGUAUUUAUUGUAUUUGACUUCUAACUUAUGUUUAUCACCAAAAUUUUUUUAGUUCAGGCAAGGCUUGCAUGAAUUUUUAAGAGGUUUGCAGACGUCCUCAGACAUUUCAUGAUUCUUUAAACUUUAGAUCACAAGGAUGUACAGUGACUAUAAUAGUUUUUCUUAGAAAAUUUCUCUGCUUCUGUGUCAUGUUUUCAAAAGUCAUAUUGCAAUUUGAACUAUAAAUAGUGUUUGUCUUUAAAUGUAAUAGUUUAGGUGUUAAUUUUGCCACUUGAUUGUGUCAAAACAGUAUCAGAUAAAUUUUUUAGCUUGA